AUGCAAGCAGCAAGAUAUUAAUAUUAGGUACUAUCAGCUAACUGAUAACUGAAGUCUCAACUGUGUUUUAAUAGUUAAAAGCUUAAGUUAUAACUGUUGUAUUAUAAAUUUGGAGUUAUAGAUGUUUAAUGUUCACUUUACCGUUAAUAAUAUAAAUUUUAAAUAUCUGUUAUGGGUCAUUCAACGUGAAUAUAGCCACAGUAUUUUUUUAUCAAGUCUAGUAUACAUAAUCUAUCUUACUUAAUAGGUAAAUUGCAAGUUGGUUGAGAUCAAAAUGAAGAAGAAAAGUGCAACUAGUACACCUAAAACAAAUUGUAAUGUAGAAGAAACUAAUUUGAAUACAAUUAAAAAAAAAAAAUUAACUAGCAGACAAAAGAAAGCUUUGACAAAAGUUUUAGAAAAAAAGCAAAAAAGUCAAAAGAGAUCUGACAUGCUCAAUGAAUUGAAAAGCUUAGAGCUUUCAGCACCUACAUUAUCCUUGAUGACAUCUAUUAGCCAAACACAAACUACUGGAUUAAGAAACGUUAUGAAAGAAAAAAAAAAACAACAAACACCAAAAAAAUCAACUAUCAACCAAAACAGUUCAGGUGUAAUGUUAAUUAACGAGGAUAAUGGAAUCAAUGAACAAAUGAAGAGCUAAAUUCCUGAAAAAUUACUUUUUUUGGAGUAUAUUGUGUUAAAUUGAUAAAACAUUAUAGAGGUGGCCAUAUAGAUUUCACCUCCUUAUGUGCCGUUUUGGGUAACCAAUUCAAAUAUUCAUCCAAUAAAUCUAAAGAAAAAAAUGUUUAUAAUAUUAUACGUGUAAAAUAAAAAAACAUCAAAAUGUUAUAAACAUUACAGUUUGAAUUUGUGCUCCAAC